UCCGUCCCGUUUGAAAGCGCCCGGCGGAGCCGCGGCCGCCGCCUCUUUCCCGCCCUCCGGGCCGACAUGGCCGCCUUCGCCAUGGAGCUGCCGCCCGCAGGAGCUGAACCAAUGACUCUUGGCUCCCCGACAUCUCCAAAACAAGGAACUAGUGCUCAAUUUCUCCCUGGGUUUUUGAUGGGUGACUUACCUGCACCAGUGACUCCGCAGCCACGUGCUUUAUACGGCCCUUCAGUCGGUGUCAUGGAAACAAGGUCUCCACUACUUGCAGGAGGGUCUCCACCACAACCAGUAGUCCCUUCACAUAAGGACAAAGGUGGUGCUCCACCAGUUAGAAGCAUAUAUGAUGAGUUAUCUAGUCCUGGGCUUGGAUCAACACCUCUGUCCUCAAGAAGAACAGCCAGCUUUACUUUAACACAAAGCCCAUCAGUUGGAAUUCUGCCAUCAACUCCGGGAGCAGCUUCAAGCAUGUUCAGUCCUGCAAGUAUUGGGCAGCCUAAGAAGACUACUCUAUCUCCUGCUCAGCUGGAUCCUUUUUAUACUCAAGGUGAUUCCCUUACUUCAGAAGAUCAACUUGAUGACACAUGGGUAACUGUAUUUGGAUUUCCUCAAGCAUCAGCUUCCUAUAUUCUACUACAGUUUGCUCAGUAUGGAAACAUAUUAAAGCAUGUGAUGUCCAACACAGGAAACUGGAUGCAUAUUCGAUAUCAGUCCAAGCUUCAAGCCCGGAAAGCCUUAAGCAAAGAUGGAAGAAUUUUUGGUGAAUCUAUCAUGAUUGGUGUCAAGCCUUGUAUAGAUAAAAGUGUGAUGGAAAACUUUGAAAGAAGCUCUACGUCCUCAAUGUCUUCGAUUUUCACUCCACCUACAAAAUCUGCCAGCACACCAACACAACCUGCAAAUAAUACUGCAAGGAUUUCUACCAUGAGACCUCUUGCAACAGCAUAUAAGGCUUCCACUAGUGACUAUCAGGUGGUUUCUGACAGACAAACUCCAAGGAAAGAUGAAAGUAUUGUAUCUAAAGCAAUGGAAUAUGUUUUUGGCUGGUAAUAUACAAGAGGAAGUAACACACUAAGCUGGACAGGGUUUGAACUAUGCUACUGGCAUUUGUAGUUAGUUGUAUAACUACUGGUGGCAGUAUUUUAUCUUACACAGCACCUGUUAUGCCUUCAGUUUAUUCAGAAGACGUGUAGCCUGCACUUUAAAUGAUGGCGGUGUACACAUGGUUUUACAGACUAAGUGUAAAUAAAAGUGCUUUAUCCCUG